AUGCUCGGCAGUUCCCCCUCAACAGUGGGGAAGCAGAAACGGCGAGCCGCAAUUGCCUGUGAAUAUUGUCGCCAGAAGAAGCUGAGAUGCAGUACCGGUCGCCCGAAAUGUCAGCAUUGUGAUGCGCGCGGAAAGGAGUGUACAUAUAUCGAGCAAGUGAAGCUGCCACGGCCAUCCAAAGCCCGCAUCACGCGUUUGGAAGAGGAGAACCGGCGACUUACUGAUGCUAUAGCGGGCCUGAAGCAACGGAUUGAUUUACAAUAUGGAGACAAACUACCAUCGACCACUGCAGCUUGUCAGUCACAACACCGAGAUCCGAUAUAUCCCUCAACAGUAAGGACCGAUGCAAGUGCCGGCCAUGGGGCGGUCUGCUCGCCGACGGAUAAUUCGGGUUUGCGGAUCAGGCAAUGGGCUGCUACUUCUGACACUGUUGAGCGAUCACAUGGACCAACAAGCGCUGUCGCCGAUGAGAUAACAUCGAAUCACGCUAUGAGAAAGCGAGGAGGGUCUCAGCCGCAAGAAGAACAGGAUACUAUCCAAAAUCAAUUAGUGGCGAACGCUGCCCGGUUGCGUCAGCUCGAAAAGUUCAACUUCAACACUAACAGCUACGACUUUGACGGUCUCAAUCCCGAGUUAGCCAUGCACCUGCUAUCAUUGUACUGGGAUCGACAAUUAGACGUAGGUGCAGUGGUGUAUCGACCAGUGUUCAUGCAGGAUAUGGCAUGCAGUGGACCAUACUUUUCGAAACUCCUUUUGAAUGCAAUAUACUUUACAGCUUCGAAAUAUUCGCCCCGCCUAGAGGUGCGAGAUGACAGGAGUGACCCACUGUCUGUUGGGCGCAUGUUUCGACGAAGGAUCACGCACUUGCUUAGCGACCAUAUUACUCGGAGCGAGAUCACCACCAUACAAGCAUUGCUUCUACUGGCGUCUUCGUUGUUCAGUUGGUGUGACGAAAAGAGCCUGGCUUGGCUCUACUCAGGCAUGGCUAUCAAUAUGAUAACGGACUUGGGCAUCCAAAUAGAUAAUCGAAUUUACCGGAAGGGUCACAGCUUAUCCCCUGAAGAGGCUGAAGUUCGGAGAAGAGUCUUUUGGGGUGCUUACGUUCUUGACAAGUGUCAGUCGCUCUACCAAGGAAGGCCGAUCCGGUUGCGAGAGGCGGAUUCAGCAAUUCCUUUAGGCUGCCUAGAUGAAUACGAGGAGUAUGACCUAUUCGAUUCCGCAUCGUACGGGAGCUCUAUAGCAUUGCCCCCUGCUCCAGCACAUACUGUUUCGAUUUUGAAAAGAUAUUGUUCUUUGUCUAGCAUCAUGUCCCGCAUCUUGGACACGCUAUAUACGGAGUGCAGUACUUCCAGAGAUCCAGUCAUCCUCUUCGAAUGUUCAACGUCUCUGAACCACAGAUUACAGUCAUGGUAUGAGGAGCUGCCUUCAGGCCUCACUGUUGGGACGAUGGGUUCUUCCACUACCACCACCGCAUCCCCGCACAUUCUUACGUUGACUGCAUUAUACCAUACGUUGAAAAUCCUGCUCCAUCGUCCAUUCGUGUCCGACGGCCAUCUACGAAGCGCAUCACCGUCAGUUGCAGGCAUAGCCUUCGAGGCCUGUGCAACUGCUGCUAACGCGAUACAUGAAACACUGGGCAUCUAUGGGAGGUCGUUUUCGAUACAACUAGCCCCGUACAGUAUAUCCUACGCUACGUACGUAAGCGCCACGAUUCAUGCUCGCAUGGCUGCACAUAGCCCUGCAGAUUCUCAUGCCCACAACUGUCUUCAAAAUUGCCUCUCAAUCUUGAGAGAGCAUCAAAGGCUAUAUUUAGGACCAAAGCGUGCCUUAGGGGUUAUAUUAAACCUAAUCAAAGUGAUGAACAUCGUUAUCGAUGAUUCAACUGCCCCAGUCUCGAGUCCGAAUGAAACAAUUGCGCCUGUAACCUACCAAGGGGACGACAUGCGACACGCAAGACAUCAUGCUGGCCACCACGCAAGACUCUUUCAGACCCAAAACCAGUCACUCAGCCUGGAUCAUGACGUACAAAAUGCAUUCCCAGCCUAUGACAUUGACUGGAUCAUUCAAAGUUUCGACGUUCCCCAGCCGGUCAACCUGCGACACCUCGAGGGGGAGCCGACGCAGAACGAUCAUUCUCGGCACGCUCCCUCUGCGGAUUAUCUAGAUUUCUCCGUACCACUGGAUCCACUGUUCGGUCUGGAUAAUUUUGAUGAAGUUGGUGAGGAUCUUCGUGCCGCUGUUGGUGUCAACGCCGGUGUUGUGGUGUAG